AUGGAUGGGAAAAUCAGACAGAGCAGGAAAUCUCGGUCCCAAAGGGACCGCGUGAGGCGAAGGGAUCCAAAUGGCAGGGACCGCCCGAAUCAGAGCCCUUCCUCGGCAUCCGAGAGAGAGCACAGCCCGGGCAAGGAGAAUACCAGCCAGAAUUGCCCAAAUCCUAAGAGCCAGGCUUCUGCAGCCCGGAACGCCAGACCUCCGAGGCGGAGGAGGCGAGAAUCCAGCUCUCAGGAAGAGGAUUUAAUUGAUGGAUUUGCGAUCGCCAGCUUCAGCACGAUGGAAGCCUUGGAG